CCGCAGCCUGCGAGAUUUUGGAGCGACGACCAGCAAAAAACGAAAGGAAAAUAAAGGAAAGGAGCUUCGCCACCGCAUCGCUCCACUCUCGAAGGGCCGCACUCCCACGACCACCACCUCCUCCGAUCGCCGCCCUCUCUCCGCCGCCGAUCGCCGAUCGCCGCCGCCGCCGCCAGCGAGCUCGGGAAGACAAUGGCGAGCCGAUACUGGGUGGUGUCGCUCCCGGUGCAGCAGGGCUCCGCGUCCGCCGCGUCCCUCUGGAACCGCCUCCAGGAGCAGAUCUCCAGGCACUCCUUCGACACCCCUCUCUACCGGUUCAACAUCCCCAAUCUCCGCGUGGGAACCCUGGACUCCCUCCUCGCCCUCAGCGACGAUCUCCAAAAGUCGAACACCUUUGUGGAAGGCGUGUCGCACAAGAUCAGGCGCCAGAUCGAGGAGCUGGAGAGGGUGUCGGGCGUGGAGAGCAGUUCUCUUACGGUGGAUGGCGUGCCGGUUGACUCUUACCUCACGAGGUUUGUCUGGGAUGAUGCUAAGUACCCUGCGAUGGCUCCCUUGAGGGAGACUGUCGACACAAUUCAGGGACAAGUCGCGAAGAUCGAAGAUGAUCUGAAGGUUCGUGUUGCUGAGUAUAACAAUGUGCGGAGUCAGCUGAAUGCUAUCAACAGAAAGCAGAGUGGAAGCUUAGCUGUCCGUGAUCUUUCAAAUCUGGUCAAACCUGAGGAUAUUGUCAUUUCAGAAAACUUGACAACUCUCCUCGCAGUAGUACCUAAAUAUUCACAGAAGGAUUGGUUGUCAAGCUAUGAAACUUUGACAAGCUAUGUGGUCCCCAGAUCCUCGAAGCAGUUACAUGAGGAUAAUGAAUAUGCUCUUUACACUCCAUGUGCUAGAGAGAGAAGGAGCUAGAGAGAGAUUGAGGGAAAUGAAGGUUCUUCGUUUCCAACAAUCUCUCGCGAGGAGGGAGGCCUUUUCUGUGCUGGAGCGAGACAGGGGAGGGGAGGGGGCGAUUUUAUUGGGCGAAACCCUCGCGUGAUGUCUACCACGAGGAGGGGCCCCCCUUGGGCAUCGGCCCUCCGUUCUCGCGUUAUUUGCGAUGUUGCCACUUUCCCCAGAGGCCUGCCCCCUCCCCUCGGUCAACGGAAGCUGGGAAGAAUAAAAAUGAAAAAGGAAAAAUUGGAAAGAGUAUUUACAGACUAGGGGCGGCUGCGUCCGUCCCGGUUCAAUCCAGCAAGCGAGCCGGACCGGACCGGACCAAACGGACUAGUUUGAGGCCAGAUCUCCGAUUCCUUAUAUGGAACCGGACUAAAGAAUUUGCUAAAAAAUUUCAGGUUCCUUUCGUUUCCCGAAAAAUAUACCAUUUCUAGAAAUGGUUCUCCACGAAACCAUUUUUCAGGAAAAUAACCAAUUUUUUUAA